CAUGCAAUGCCAAGUGUACUGAGUUGUAAGAGAACUCUUUAACGUUUGACGUCACUGUAUAACAUUUACACCAUUGGUAUUGCAAUCUGAAAAAACAUAACAUUUGUACAGAAAUAACUUUUGAAAACUUACAUCAAACGUGAUUUAAAUAAAUAACAUAUUACAAGACAUAUGUGGAGCCAUUUCACUACUUAUAAACAAAAACUGAACCGAAAAUAAUCUCAGAAUACAAUGGCUAAGGGGGCGGCCGCCAUUUUGGCCCAUUCACUUGCAUUGAAUGACAGUUACACUCAUUAAACGGGGGAAACUCAAACUUUAGAAAACUCGACACAUCUUUUAAACUAACGAAUUAUUUGACAUGAAACCCAAAGUAGAUGAAGCUUAAUAUAUUUUGACAUGAGAUAUGUUGUAUUUUACAACUUUCACAUUGAACAAACAAAGGCGUGGCUUGUCAGCGUCUGAAAGUUUCCGUGCCACUAACAUCGGUAAGCAGCGCCCCCUUGUGGCUGCAGCAGUACUGACUCAUUAAAAACAGAAAAACGGCUCAGACAAAUAAAUAAUUUUAAUACAAAAUAAACAUUCCUUUUUAAACAAAAAUGUGACCAUACAUUUGUGUGUGUCACAUGAUGUUGGACAAUGUUUGCGAAAGCAUAUUCCGUUUCCUAAUCAAAUAUCUGCCUAUCGUGUUUUUGUUUAUUUUAUUUUUUAAAUAACGACCAUUAAGUUAAACUAAAUUUGCCUGUUCACACGCAUAUCUGUCAGUAGUAUUUGUGUCCUGAUAUGACGACAUAUCUUAUCAGGGCUGCUGUAUUGCUUUGUUGUCUCAAAUUCAGGGGCUGUUUGUCAUUUAAAUCUGUCAUAAGGAUUAUGGAAUGACUGUCACACAGACUGAAUGCGUUUAAUAGCAGAAUGAUUUUCGGUAUUUUGGAUUAAUUAUAUUUUUAAAAAAUGACAGGAUUUGAUCAAUACUGUGCCAUCCUCUGCUUGUAGUAGUAAGUCCUCCUUGUUUCUGUGGAUCGUUGCUCUGAGGUAGAAGUUUCUCUAGACAGAGCUCGCCAUGAAAGCUGUCGGCGCGCGCUCCUCGUUCUACGUGGGUUUUCUGUUGGGCACGUGCAGUCUGUACCUGUUCCUGCGUCAGUUUGGGUUCGCGCGGAACUUCGCGUCUCGUGAGCCCGAGGCCCACGAAAAAAGCCUGCAGGAGAUGUUGGAAGACGAAGGCAAGAACUGGAAGAAGGAGAGAUCAGCUCUUUUCAACCUCAACCACCCGCACCAUACAGGUGAGGAUGGAACAAUAGCUGAUGCUCUCUACAAGCGUGUACGUAUUCUAUGUUGGGUUAUGACUGGUCCUAAUAACCUUGAGAAGAAAGCUCGGCAUGUAAAAGCCACAUGGAGUAGGCACUGCAAUAUUGUGGUCUUCAUAAGCUCUGUGGAUGACUCAGAUUUUCCAACGGUUGGACUGAACACCAAGGAGGGUCGGGAUCAGUUGUACUGGAAAACCAUUCGAGCAUUCCACUAUGUCAUGGAGAAACACGGGGAUGAGGCAGACUGGUUCCUCAAAGCAGAUGAUGACACUUAUGUGAUUGUAGACAACCUGCGAUGGGUUCUGGCCAGUCACUCACCAGACAACCCAGUGUAUUUUGGACGGAGGUUUAAGCCCUACGUGAAACAGGGCUACAUGAGUGGCGGUGCUGGCUAUGUGCUCAGUAAAGAGGCGCUGAAGAGGUUUGUAGAAGGGUUUAGAACCAAAGUGUGCACGCACACUUCCUCUGUGGAGGACCUAGCCAUGGGCCGGUGUAUGGAGAAGAUGGGCGUUUUGGCAGGAGAUUCCAGAGACACCAUACAAAGAGAAACGUUCCAUCCUUUCGUACCUGAGUCCCAUCUCGCUGGCACAUUUCCAAAGACCUUCUGGUAUUGGAAGUACAGUUAUUACCCCAUUGUGCAGGGGCCCCACUGUUGUUCAGAUUUGGCUGUUUCUUUCCACUAUGUGGACGCAUCACACAUGUACCUGCUGGAAUACUACACUUACCACUUACGUGCCUUUGGCUACAAAUACCGCUAUCAGCCCCCUGAACCCAAAGUCAUACAAGACUUCAAUUCCCCAGUUCCAGACAAACUGGAGAUUGGAGACUCAGAGCAAGAGCAGGUGGUAGAAGCACAGGAAGAGGAAGACAAAGCCCCUGAAACUGAUGAAAAGUUAUAGCAGCUUUUUGUUUCUGACUUUUUUUAAACAAUAACAUUUGAAAUCUUCCAAAAGAAGUCUUUUUUUACUUUGUCUUGAAAGGCCUUUAUUGUGCCACAGAAAUGUAUGCAUGUAUGUGUGGUUUAAUGAGCUAGUACUGUGUGGAAGGGUGUUCCUCUUAAUGCAUUUGUAUGUGAAUGUCUAGAUAUUUGUAAAACAAUACAGAAUUGUAUUAAAUGAAAGUUGACAGAGCCUGCCUUAACAGUAUAAUAACAUGGGGAAAUUUUCUAUAAUUUUCUUUUUUUUUUUUUUUUUU